AUGGGUAGUGCUUAAUGUUGUAACAAAAUUGUAUAAAAUGAGGAAGUCUAAGAGAUAGUUAUAGGUCAAGAUUCGAAUUAAUAGUCUGCAAAAUUAUAAGAGUAUCAAAAUUUUAUUAAUUUCUUUAAAGAGUUUAGUAAGUAAAACAUAGCUACAAAAAAACAGAAGAUUGUGGAACUCCUGCUUUUCCAGAACUAAGGUCCCAAUAAAGUAAAAAAUCGGAACAAUACUAAUCCUUGAAAGAAAUUUAAUUUAUAGGGCAAGUUGAAAAAGAUGAGCAGAUUUUUAAGUCAUCUUGCACCUUAGGGAAAAAAAGAUAAAAUGAUUCUCCUAUAGUUGCAUUUGAAGCUAAAAACUCUUUAAAAUCUUUUGAUUCUAGUAGGCUUAAAAAACUGUAAUCUGUUACUGAACAAUAACUAAAUCUAAAAAAUAUCUCAUCUCCAAGAGAGGAAGAUUCAUUUAUGUAAGAUAGUUAAAGAGGAGGGUAACUAGAUGAAAAGUCUUGUAAAAGCAUUUUAAAAUAAGAGAUGAAGUAUAGUAGAUUUAGAAAUUAAUAAAAUAAUGCAGAUAGCACUUUUAGAAAGGUGUAAUUUAAUUUGGAAUGA